CGGAUGCCUCGCGGGCCGGUGGCUAUGGAGGCGGCGGCGGUUGAUGGUUGACCGUUGGCUCCAGGGUAGGGGUCGCCGCUUGGGUGAUCCGCUCAGACUCCACCAGACUGACGCUCUGCCUGGAGCCCGUGGGGGAGACCUAGUUCGGCUUCGCCAUGCCGGCCGGGAGUAACGAGCCGGACGGCGUCCUCAGCUAUCAGAGACCAGAUGAAGAAGCUGUGGUGGAUCAGGGUGGGACCAGUACAAUUCUCAACAUUCACUAUGAGAAAGAAGAGUUGGAAGGUCACAGAACUCUAUAUGUGGGAGUUCGGAUGCCACUGGGCCGGCAGAGCCAUCGACACCAUCGCACCCAUGGCCAGAAGCACCGGAGACGAGGGCGGGGCAAAGGAGCCAGCCAGGGGGAGGAAGGCCUGGAACCCCUGGCCCACGACACACCAUCUCAGCGUGUUCAGUUCAUUCUUGGCACCGAGGAAGAUGAAGAGCAUGUGCCUCAUGAGCUGUUCACAGAGCUGGAUGAGAUCUGUGUGAAAGAGGGAGAAGAUGCUGAGUGGAAGGAGACAGCUAGGUGGCUGAAGUUUGAGGAAGAUGUUGAAGACGGGGGAGAACGCUGGAGCAAGCCUUACGUGGCAACCCUUUCCUUGCACAGUCUCUUUGAGCUGAGGAGCUGCCUUAUCAAUGGAACAGUCCUUCUGGAUAUGCGUGCAAAUAGCAUAGAAGAAAUUUCAGACCUGAUCCUGGACCAGCAAGAACUGUUCAGUGACCUGAAUGACAGCACGAGGGUUAAAGUACGAGAAGCCCUUCUCAAAAAGCAUCAUCAUCAGAAUGAAAAGAAGAGAAACAACCUCAUUCCCAUUGUUCGUUCUUUUGCUGAGGCUGGCAAGAAGCAGUCUGAUCCACAUUCGAUGGAUAAAAAUGGUCAAACUGUAUCUCCUCAGUCUGUUCUAACUACAAAUCUUGAAGUAAAAAAUGGAGUGAAUUGUGAACACAGUCCUGUGGAUUUAAGCAAGGUGGACCUUCAUUUCAUGAAAAAAAUUCCCACUGGAGCAGAGGCCUCAAAUGUCUUGGUUGGAGAGGUGGAUACUUUGGACCGCCCCAUCGUUGCCUUUGUGAGGCUGUCUCCAGCUGUUCUUCUCUCAGGCCUGACAGAAGUGCCAAUCCCAACAAGGUUUUUGUUUAUCUUAUUGGGUCCAGUAGGGAAAGGUCAGCAGUACCAUGAAAUUGGCAGAUCCAUGGCCACCAUCAUGACAGAUGAAAUUUUUCACGAUGUGGCAUAUAAGGCAAAAGAGCGAGACGAUCUCCUGGCGGGGAUUGAUGAGUUCCUAGACCAGGUGACGGUGCUCCCUCCAGGGGAGUGGGACCCCUCCAUUAGAAUUGAGCCACCAAAAAACGUCCCUUCUCAGGAGAAAAGGAAAAUGCCUGGAGUUCCAAAUGGAAACAUUUGCCACAUAGAACCGGAAUCACAUGGGGGUCACAGUGGGCCAGAACUUCAGCGUACUGGGCGGCUAUUUGGGGGCUUGGUGCUGGACAUCAAGCGGAAGGCCCCCUGGUAUUGGAGUGACUACCGGGAUGCACUCAGCUUACAGUGUUUGGCCUCCUUUCUGUUCCUGUACUGUGCCUGCAUGUCACCUGUCAUCACCUUUGGGGGAUUGCUUGGAGAAGCCACUGAGGGACGCAUAAGUGCCAUUGAAUCCUUGUUUGGAGCUUCCAUGACUGGGAUUGCUUAUUCCUUAUUUGCGGGACAGGCUCUCACCAUCCUGGGAAGUACUGGGCCAGUGCUCGUGUUUGAAAAAAUUUUGUUCAAAUUCUGCAAAGACUAUGCUCUUUCAUACCUCUCCCUUCGAGCUUGUAUUGGACUGUGGACUGCCUUCCUGUGUAUUGUCCUUGUGGCAACUGACGCCAGUUCCCUUGUCUGCUACAUAACCCGCUUCACUGAAGAAGCAUUUGCCUCCUUGAUUUGCAUUAUUUUCAUCUAUGAAGCAAUAGAAAAGCUGAUUCACCUGGCAGAGACCUACCCCAUCCACAUGCACAGCCAGCUGGACCACCUUAGCCUCUAUUACUGCAGGUGUACUCUCCCAGAGAAUCCAAACAAUCACACCCUACAGUACUGGAAGGACCACAACAUCGUGACAACGGAAAUCCACUGGGCUAACCUGACUGUCAGUGAAUGCCAGGAGAUGCAUGGCGAGUUCAUGGGAUCUGCAUGUGGCCAUCAUGGACCCUACACUCCAGAUGUGCUUUUUUGGUCCUGUAUUCUCUUCUUCACCACCUUCAUCCUCUCAAGCACCUUAAAGACGUUUAAGACGAGCCGCUAUUUCCCAACCAGAGUACGCUCCAUGGUGAGUGACUUUGCGGUUUUCCUUACUAUCUUCACAAUGGUGAUUAUUGAUUUUUUGAUUGGAGUCCCAUCACCAAAGCUUCAAGUUCCCAGUGUGUUCAAGCCAACAAGGGAUGAUCGAGGGUGGAUUAUUAGUCCCAUUGGCCCCAAUCCCUGGUGGACUGUGAUAGCUGCAAUUAUCCCAGCUCUUCUCUGUACUAUCUUGAUAUUUAUGGACCAGCAGAUCACAGCUGUCAUCAUUAACAGGAAGGAACAUAAGCUCAAGAAAGGCUGUGGCUACCACCUGGACCUACUGAUGGUGGCCAUCAUGCUGGGUGUCUGCUCCAUCAUGGGCCUGCCCUGGUUUGUGGCUGCAACUGUUCUGUCCAUUACACAUGUGAACAGCCUCAAGCUGGAAUCUGAGUGCUCCGCUCCUGGAGAACAGCCCAAGUUCUUGGGCAUUCGAGAACAGAGAGUGACAGGCCUUAUGAUUUUUGUGCUGAUGGGCUGCUCAGUCUUCAUGACAGCUAUCUUAAAGUUUAUUCCAAUGCCAGUUCUCUAUGGAGUUUUCCUCUACAUGGGAGUUUCUUCACUACAGGGAAUUCAGUUCUUUGAUCGUCUGAAGCUCUUCGGGAUGCCUGCAAAGCACCAGCCAGACUUUAUCUACCUGCGGCACGUGCCGCUGCGCAAAGUGCACCUCUUCACCCUCAUCCAGCUGACCUGCCUUCUCCUGCUCUGGGUCAUCAAGGCAUCCCCAGCUGCCAUUGUUUUCCCAAUGAUGGUUUUAGCCUUGGUCUUUGUCAGGAAAGUCAUGGAUCUCUGCUUCUCUAAGCGAGAGCUGAGCUGGUUAGAUGAUCUCAUGCCAGAAAGCAAAAAGAAGAAGUUGGAUGAUGCCAAAAAGAAGGCCAAGGAGGAAGAGGAGGCUGAGAAAAUGUUAGAAAUGGGGGCAGACAAGUUCCCCUUAGAGAGCAGGAAGUUACUAAGUAGUCCUGGAAAGAACAACAGUUUCAGAUGUGACCCCUCUGAGAUUAAUAUAUCUGAUGAAAUGCCUAAAACUACGGUCUGGAAAGCUCUCAGUAUGAAUCCUGGAAAUACAAAGGAAAAGAGUCUCUUCAACUAAGUCUUUGCUGGGAUGGAAGAUUUGGGCCAUGAGGUGCCUCAGGGAAGUUCUGAUGACAGAGAAAAUGGCAAGUCUCUCAUAGAAGAAGCAAGACCGGCCUUGUCCUUGGUCAUCUCAAAGCCAUGCCGAAGCAUUCAGUUAUUCUUGAUGUGCAUUGGAGGGCAUCCAGCUACCCCCAUACCAGCAGCCAGUCAUCAGGUGUGAAUGUGGAAGCAGAAGACCGCCUCCUAUUGGCUCUUCUCCUCCUCUUCCUUCUUUUUCUCUUCAGAACUGCCACCAUUGAAGACCUAGCUUCCCAUUUUCCAGACAUUUUCUCUGAACUCUCUACUGGCCUGCCGAGCCAUAUGGGUCCAUUCUGCCACUGAGGAUUCCUUUAGUGAGGUCCCUCUUCCUAAAGGGUGGGGUGGGGGAGCAGGAGGGGAACAGAGAGGAAAGGGAAGGCUCUCCAGUCCUAUUAGUACCUGCAGGCCCCUAGGCAGCCCUGGGCCUUGGUUUGAUUGCCUACCCUGGGGGAUGCUGGUCACACCCAGAGGUUGUCAGAAGGUCUGCUACUGGGAGGGUCAGCAAUCAGGGCAUUGGCAGUGCCAACCACUACAGCCAGGAAGAUGCCUCUAACCUGGCUGCGUCUUCAUCACUCUAUAGCAGCGGCCUGCAUAACUCAGCGAGAACCUUGGUUGAUACAAGGGCCAAGAGGGACACUGGAGUUAAGAUAGGAAAAGGCUCAGGGGAAAAUCAAUAAUGAUAAAUGAGGAUGAGCAGCUUCUCUAGAUUUUCGCUGAGGAUAGAGUAAGAGAAUGAGCCUAGAUUGCUACGGAACGAAUUAGUUUAGAGGCCAGGAAGGACUUCCUGGUCUGAAGAUUUGUCAUAGUGUCUGCUUUCUAUAAUAGAUAUCU